AUGGCCGACGAAGCAGCUCGCGCUCACGCCGCUGAAGUGGCGCGCGCUCAAGAAGAAGGAAGAGAUCCACCUCCUCCUCCUAAUCCACAAGACCCUGCUGGAGAUGUGAAUGUGCAACCUCAAGCUGGAGCACCUACAAUCGGAGACUAUGACUCUGCCGAUGCUUUCUUCAUGGAUAGAAACCCUAUCCAUCCACCACUUCCUGCAAGGAAUGACUAUGAGAUCAAGCCUCAGAUCAUAGCAUUGGUUAGACAGAACCAAUUCAAUGGCCUUCCAGCUGAGCAUCCUCUUGAUCACAUAGAAAACUUUGAAGAAAUUUGCAGCACUACAAGAUCCAAUGGAGUCUCUGCUGACUACUUAAGCUGCUUUCAUCAACCACUUCUACACCAAGCAAAGAUCAAUUUCUGUAGGAACAAGAUCUCCAACUUUCGCCAAGCCAACAAUGAAUCUUUCUAUGAGGCGCUAGAUCGAUUCAAGGAGUACAUUAGGGACUGCCCUAAUCAUGGUUUCAAUGAGGGAAACCUAUGGAACAUCUUCUAUCGUGGCAUAGACCACAAGUACAAGCUUUCAUUGGACACUGCAAGCAAUGGAAACUUCAUGACCAAGACUGUUGAUGAAGCUAAGGUUCUUAUUGAGAAUCUUGCAGCUAGUGAUUGUAACAACUGUCCUGAUUAUGACCGCUCAAGCCGCACCACUACUAGCUCCCCUGAUUCUUUUCAAAUGACUGAACUCAAGAACAUGAUGGCUCAAGUUCUUAAGGGACAGCUCAAGCAUAUCAAUGCAAUAGAAGGGAUGAGUGAUGCUAAUGAAGACAUCAAGAGAAUGCAUGGGAGAUUUCUCUAA